AUCCGACUUUGCAGUCUCUGCCAGCAAGAUGAAGCCUUUCACCCCGCCUUGCUAUGCCCCGCUGGUGAUCUGACGAUAGUGCAGUCUUCGUCUCUCGCUGCAUCGAGCAAUCCGGGCUCGUGCGCAGCACUUCGCUCCCCGUCCACGGUGCUUACGGGUCAGCACGUGGCGGCGCGGACGUGGUGGACGCAACAGAAGUUGUCGGUAAAAUCCGGUAUAUAGUCUUAGAGGUAGAUAGGUAUGCUUGGCUCGCUCAUCGCUUGAUGGCUUCGAAUCCUGGUAGCUGCCUCUCCCCAAUUGGCCCGCAUUCCACCAUGUCCCCGAUCGCCAUCCAAGACGAACCCGUCAUCGCCACGAUCACCAACAAACUCAAAUCGAUCGGCCUCGCUCGACAAGACACGUCCACGCAACGGGAUCACGACGCCUUGCUUCGAUCGCUUUCUCUGCCAGAAAAGGUCUUCUUGCUUUCAGGAUCUUCGUUCACCGCGACCAAUGGCCUACCCGCGCAUGGGCUCUACAAAGCCAAAGUAUCUGACGCUCAGACGGAUGUCCGAGGCGGUACCAUCUUCAACGCUCCAACCGCCGCCGUUUUCCCCAACGCUACCGCGCUCGCUUCGACAUGGGAUCUCGACUUGAUACAACAGGUCGGGGUCGCUCUCGCCGGCGAGAUGGUCACCAAGGACGUCGAUGUUCUAAUGGCACCCACGCUCAACUUGCAUCGAGAUCCGAGAGGAGGACGUAAUCAGGAGAGCUACGGAGAGGACCCAUUCUUGGCCGGUAAAUGUGGUUCAGCGUUGGUGCGAGGCAUUCAAAGCAAGGGUCGACAAGCCACUCUCAAGCAUCUAGUCUGCAACGACUCGGAGACUUCGCGAAGAGAAUACGACGUUCAAGUCGACGAACGGGUCUUGAGGGAGGUCUACCUCAGACCGUUCGAGAUCGCCGUCAAGGAAUCGGAUCCUUCGUCCAUCAUGGCGGCGUACAACAAUGUGAACGGCCAUAACGCCAGUGCCUACUCCCACGUGCUGACCGAUAUUGUGCGGGACGAGUGGAAGUAUGACGGUCUAAUCAUGAGCGAUUGGUUCGGGACCUACGACGGUCUCGCCUCUCUGCAAGCCGGCAUGGAUUUGGAGAUGCCGUUCCCAGCCACCCGAGGUCCCAAACUCAUUGGCGCCAUCAAGUCAGGUCAGAUCCCAGAAUCCGCCCUGGACACCUCGGUCAAGCGGAUGAUUCGUUUCCUCGAACGCGCUGGUACGAGCAAAGACCGCCGAGACGAGAGAUUAAGCGGGACCGACCAGGAAUGUUGCGACUUGAUCCGCAAGGCGGCGGCUGAAGCAGUCAUCUUGCUCAAGAACGAUGGAGGGGUCUUGCCGCUCGAUUCCCAGCAGACCAAGAAUAUCGCCGUCAUCGGAUCGCUUGCUACCGACCGAGUCAUCAGUCACCUCAUCUCGCCGUCGUAUAUGACCACUCCGCUGCAAGGUAUUCAAUCCCUGGUCGCAUCCUCUUCAUCUGCAUCCGGAUGCAAGGUCAAUCACGCCCAUGGUCCUCAGACCCACCGUCUCGUCCCGUGUCUGGACCACCGGUACACUUCGGACAUCGCCUUCAACCUCUGGAACCAGGGCGACCGGACCAACCGAGACGCUCAACCGGUCCACACCGAACAUCGCAAAGAAGCAAUCGAGACGUUCUUGAUGCGAAAAGUCCCAGGGCUGAACGAAGAUUUCGAGAUCGAAAUGGUCGCCGAGAUCAAUGUGCCUGUAGCGGGGGAAUACGAAUUCGGGAUCAUCUCCGCUUCCAACGCCAAGGUCUAUGUGGAUGAGCAAGAGGUCUUCGACUUCAUUCCCGAUGGGGUGGUCGAUAUCCAGCGAUUCUUGUUCCACCAACACACCUUCGAGCAGAGACAUCGACAUCGCUUCGACAAGGCUGGCAGGUAUACCUUGAAGUGCGUCUCCCAGUCUCAGAAACAGGUGGGGCCGGAACCGGUCGCCACGGGGUUGUUCUUCGGCAUGGUCGAAUGCGCUACCAGAGAGGAACGUAUCCGAGAAGCCGUGAAGCUCGCAACCGAAUCGGAUGUGGCGAUCGUCUUUGUAGGCACGACGUCCGAGUGGGAGAUGGAAGGGGUAGAUAGGGAGUCGUUGGAACUGCCUAGCGGACAGGCGGAUCUCGUUCGGGCGAUCGUCGAGGCCAAGGGAGGCGACAAGGUGGUUGUCGUCAACCAGAGCGGGGCCGCUGUUGAUCUUGCGUGCGCAGAUGGGGCAGCGGCGAUCUUGCACGCUCACUUCGCUGGGCAGGAGGCUGGCAAUGCCAUCGCCGACGUCCUUUUCGGCCACGCAACCCCCUCAGGGAAGACGACGUACACCUGGCCCCGAACCUUGUCUGACAGCCCGUCGUACGGCAACUUCCCUUGUAACGAGGAAAGCCUGAAGUUGGACUAUGCCGAGGGGCUGUUCAUGGGCUGGAAGGGUUACGAGAGGGACGGAUGGGCCGAACCGGCAUUCGCAUUUGGACACGGCUUGUCGUACACCACUUUUGACUACUCCAACAUCCGAGUAGGAGGUUCCAUCGACUCUCACUCCUCCGAAGUGACUGUCCAGAUCGACAUUACGAACACCGGAAGCCAUCAAGGAAGAGAGACCGUCCAGGUCUACAUCUCCGGUCCUUCCAACUCUUCAGUGGAACGCCCCGCCAAGUCGCUCGAAGGGUUCUCUAAGACCAGGCUUCUUCAACCGGGAGAGAAGGAGACGGUAACGAUCAGGCUUUCCAGGAGGUCUUUCGCCUAUUGGUCGAAGCAACAGGAGAGUUGGGUGGUAGAAAAGGGAGUCUAUGGGGUUCAGGUGGGGAAGUCGAGUAGGAUCGUCGUGGCGAGCGCGGAGGUGGUUGUUGAAGGGUCCCAACGAUGGGUGGGGCUGUAGGUCCUUAGGGGGGAUUCGCCUGCGGUGAUCUUGUGUAUC